AUGGAACAGUAUAAAGAUGAGGUUUAUUUGAAGAAUCGAGAAUUGGCGGAUCAAACGACAGCAGAAUCAAACUCAAAUGACAAGGACAACGAAGAAGCUGACGACUUCCCACUUGGAAGGCUCCAAGAGGUUGAAGAUCAACUAUCGCAGAUUGUGUCCACAGGCAUUCAGGAUACGAGUUUCAUGAGAGAUGCGGAAACCUGUACCCAAAUCUGGGAAUACACAAACAAGCUGCUCCCAGAUCCUCAGAGCGACGACUUCGGAGUGGAUGUGCGCCUGAAGAAUGUGGUCAGAGCUCUGGGAGAGGGGUCUGUUCUGCCGCUAACGGACCUGGUCACGUCGCUAAAGAUCUGCCUAAUACACUUCUGCGAUUUCGGAGUUAACUUCGACGAUAAACUGUCGAAACUGGUCCCAAUAUUCCUGACUCGGAGGAAUUUGGGGGAGUCGUACGUCGCUUUGAGCGGAGUCUCGCGUUCGGAGUGUAGGCGAACUGAGUGCCUUUGGGUCUGGGAAUCUCCAACGCUGGAGGUCUUUCCGUCACGCCUUCAAGAUAAGGUUAAAACAUUCAGGGAAGCAAGGAACCUGAUAUCGAGGCGGUACAAGGCACUGGCGAAGCUGAAGAAUUCGAUUUUAACCGAAAACCUGGCCGGGCAGCAGGCAGCAAUGGAAGUGUUGAACACGCUGGACAGGAAGAUGUUACAGGACAAGGAGCGCAGGGAAAAAUUGGACUCGAAGAGGAAGAUAGUUGAUACGAAAAAGAAGCACGAGAAGGUUAAGGUGCAAAAAACAGCAAACAUGCUGCUGAGUUGGCUGAAGCCACAAAAGCAGGAAAAGAACGAAGAAGUUCAGGAAAAUGAGACGGCGACACCCACAUACACUGCUGAAUAUACGCCGCAAAAUAUGUUCAUUGAAGGCUCAGAUGAUCAGAAAGCCGAGUUGGAGAGUAUAUUGUCAAGUAUAGCAAACACGAACAACGCAAAGGAUGUGUACUUUGUUAAGAGGCCAAGUGUGAUGAAUAAAGAAGUGAAACCGGGCAAUGAAGGAGAUCCUCAAGUUAGUAAGGAGCAGAGUGUGCAAGGCGACGAAAGGGAAGGAGAUAUAUUUGAGAUGGCGAAUCUGCACAGGGAUGUGUGGACACGCUUCCACUCGUACCUGGAUACGAACAGGAAGUUCUACGUGGAGACGGCAGAGAACCACAUGUGGGUGAGCGAGCCGCUGAGCAACGUGGAAGACGCAACGCACAACGCCUCGGAGCUGAAGGCAAAAAGACACUGCAGAGUCUUCAGCAUGUUCGACAGCGGCUGGAAGAGGCCGCCGAUGCGCUACGUAGUAGGACGCUCAAGCGCAAACGUGACGUCGCUGAAUCAGCUGGGACAGGAGUCAAACCUGGACUACUGGGUGGACUCGGACGAGGACUGGUUCGAAAGAUACGACGCAGACGACGUGGAGGACACGCCCAACGUGCACGAGUUCAGCACAGGAGUGUUCUUCACGUCAGAAAACGAAGUAAACGGAGACGCAGCUAAGGGCGAGGGCUUCAAGAGCGGAAUGAAGGGAGACCUGAGCGCGUGGGCGAAGGUGUACUGCCUCUACAAAAACUGGCACUGGAUAGUCGACGGAAAACCGCUGGACUACGAGCUGAGCAACAAGGAGCUGGCAGUGAAGAACGGAAUGAAGCUGGCGCGCAGCGAGUACGGCUUCGGCUUCGAAGGAUACACGAAGAACCCGAUCAUCGAAAUGGUGCGGAAAAUGCGCGGAGACAAACUCAGGCUCUCGCGACGCGACGUGGAGGCGCUGCUGAAACUGUGCCACGGCAAGCACACGCGCAAGGAGGACCUGAUCCUGGCCUUCAAGGAGGAGAGGCCGAUGACCUCGGUGAGUGAAAUAAGGUCGAAGUUCGGAAAGUACCUGACGAGGGAGAAGAUUGACGACAAGCCGCACAGGUGGAUGGUGACGCCCGAGGCCGCGAAGCUCUUCAACAUCAGGAAGGAGCUGGACAGGAUUUUAACCGACCAGCUCAACCAGGAGAUACUCAGCGAGCCAGUGUUUUGA